UGGAAAUGGAUUUCGGAGAGACUCUGGCAACCAUCGGAGACUUUGGUUUCUUCCAGAAGGUUCUCAUUCUUGCCUUAACCUUCCCAAAUAUCUUACUACAAACUGUCUUUUGUAGUUUACUUUUUGUCCAGUCAGAUCCAGACCGACACUGUAACACAGACUGGAUCCUCAGAGCUGAUGCUAACCUGACCACAGAUGAGCAGCUGAACCUGACUCUGCCCCGGGAAAAGGAUGGGACCUUCAGCAGGUGUCAGAUGUUUGUCCCUGUYGACUGGAACAUCAGUGUCAUCAGGGAGAACGGACUCAAUGAGACUACAGGCUGCCAGAAUGGAUGGGUGUACUACAGCACUCUAUAUGAGGCCACAACUGUCACUGARUUUGAUCUCGUCUGUGACAAGUCUUUUCUGGUAGAAAUUGUGCAGACAGUCUUCAUGAGUGGUUCACUUAUUGGUGCCAUUAUCUUUGGACCUGCAGCUGAAUCGUAUGGCCGCAAGAGAGCAACCCAGCUGCCAGUGGUCCUUCUGCUAAUAUUUGUCUUAGUUUCUGGUUUGUCUCCAAAUUUCUAUGUUUACACAGUGUCACAGUUCAUUGUUGGAAUUGCAAUUGGAGGAUACAGGAUAAACUCCAUUGUAUUAGCUACAGAGUGGACUGGGGUCACCAAAAGGUCUUUUGCCUCAUGUUUGAGCCAGAUGUUUGGGGCUCUUGGACAGUGCGCCAUGGCUUUUCUGGUAUAUUAUAUUCGUGACUGGAGAAAAGCACAGUUUGUCUUGGCAGGAGUACAGGCCUUUGUAUUCUUCUACAUAUGGUGGAUUCCUGAAUCUGCAAGAUGGUUGUUGGGACAUGGAAGAACUGAAGAAGCUAAUAAGUUGAUAUGUAAGGUUUCAGCAAUCAAUAAAAAGAACAUCCCAGAGAAUCUUCUCCUCACGGCAAGUAACUAG